AGCUCUCACUUCUAUCUAGCUACGAGUUUUUGUCUACUUUUCAGAAGCAACUCAGUCUUGUUUUCAAGUCAUCGCACCGUUGUGCUAACUGUGUAAAACAACUAGGUACGUACCUAAUUUGUGUUUUUGUGUAGGGUUCAUAUUUGAGUAUAGUAACUAAAAAGCUGCUACGCCCACGCCCGAGUUUGAGUAAAGUAAAAUCAGAAUUGUCACUUAGGACAUAUAAACCUUUUGAAGAAUUUCCCCCAUUGUCUCUGAGAAGCUUUGUACCCCAAGAUGGCGACAGGUGGUCACAAGGAGAUGUCUCCGCGGAGCGCAUACUUCAUGCAGCUGCGCCGCGCGAGUCAAACAUUCGAAUCGGGAGGUGAAGUUGGCCAAGCCAGCAUCAUCUUGACGAAAGACAUGUCCCAAUUGGCGCACUUCCCGACCGGGGAAGAGGCUCAGGUAGGGGACGCUAUUUUCACUUCUUUCAAAAUUUGCCCUGCACUUUCUGGCAUUGACGUACUUACUCGCCCGGCUAAGUUUUUGUUGCUGCUAGCGCAAUCACAAGGACAACUGAACCACCUACACAGGAUAGCGUCAUGCGCAAGUCGAAAAUCGUUUGUACCAUGGGCCCGAAAUGCUGGGACGCUGCAACUUUGGUGAAGCUGAUUGACGCUGGUAUGAACAUCGCACGCCUGAACUUCAGUCAUGGGGAUCACAAGGUAUAUAGACUUGGUACUAGACACAUGUCUACUUCAAAUUUGUUUCAUUUCCGACACCUGACACGAUGAUAAAUAGGCUUGACCAGCAGCGCCAAAUCGCUUUUUCUACUUCGCGAACAGACCCACAGCGACACCGUCGCGCGCAUUCGGGAAGCAAACAAGGCCCGGCCAGAGAAGUACGUGGCAGUUAUGCUGGAUACCAAGGGCCCGGAAAUCCGCACCGGCUUCCUGAAGGACAAGAACGGCGUGCAGCUUGUCGCCGGAAACUCUAUCGUGCUCGACACAAGCGAGGAUUAUGAUUCCUAUCUCGGGGACGAAACGAAGAUAUGCGUCACGUAUAAGGCCUUGACAACGUCCGUAAAGCCGGGCAACAUCAUCCUCUGUGCGGACGGAGUGAUCAACCUCAAGGUUGAGCAAAUCCUCCCCAAUGGAGUCUCGGUAAGAUGUUUUUCAAGAUGUUCCGUUAGUUGGCCUCGUCAAUGUAUGGUGGUGCCUACAGAUGUAGUCUUGAUUGAUAUGCCGUUGUCUGAUAGAUUGCAUAGCUGUCCCAUUCAUCGCAUGGAAAAAUGAAAAACUAUCAAAACAGUGCACCAUCCUGAACAACGCCAAACUUGGGGAGCGGAAGAACGUAAACCUUCCCGGUGUGUACGUCGAUCUCCCGGUCCUGCAGGAAAAGGACAGAGAAGACAUCCUGAAAUUCGGAAUCCCGCACGGAAUCGAUUUCGUCGCUGCCAGGUACGAUAUGCUUGAUCGAACAAACUCGCUUGUCGUGGUCGAGUUGAAAUUGCAGAUUUUAUCUAUAAAAAUUCUGUAAAAUACAAAAAAUACGAAAACAGUUUCGUCCAGAACGCGGCCGACGUGAAGAUGAUCCGCGAGACGCUUGGCCUCCGCGGUCGCGGCGUGAAAAUUAUUUCCAAAAUCGAAAACGAGGAGGGUCUGAAGAACUUCGACGAGAUCCUCACCGUCACCGAUGCCGUGAUGGUGGCGCGGGGCGAUCUUGGUAUGGAGAUCCCGCCGGAGAAGGUGUUCCUGGCACAGAAGAUGAUGAUUGCGAAGUGCAAUCUGGCGGGGAAGCCGGUCAUCACUGCCACGCAGAUGAUGGAAUCCUGCAUCGCCAACCCGCGACCAACCCGGGCGGAGGCCAGUGACGUCGCCAACGCCGUGUUAGACGGAACCGAUUGCGUCAUGUUGUCCGGAGAAACCGCGAAUGGCGCUUUCCCCUCCGAAACCGUGCAGACCAUGCGGAGAAUCUGCGAGGAGGCUGAGAAAGUCAUCGACUACGGAUCGCUCUUCAUGGGACUGCGCAAAGGCGUUAUGGAGCGUACAAAGAUUGAUGUGAUUUCUUUCUGAUUUUUGUGCUGGAAGACUGGCUUGUGUUUAAAAUGCUGCAUUUCUUUGAGGGUCGCAAAACACUGCGGCUAAGUCGUUCGCGAAGCCCCUGAGUGCUUCGCUUAAGUGCUUCGCUUAAGUGCUUCGCUUAAGUGCUUCGCUUAAGUGCUUCGCUUAAGUGCUUCGCUUAAGUGCUUCGCUUAAGUGCUUCGCUUAAGUGCUUCGCUUAAGUGCUUCGCUUAAGUAGUGCUUCGCCUAAGUAGUGCUUCGCUUAAGUAGUGCUUCCCUUAAGUAGUGCUUCGCUUAGGUAGCGCCUCGCUUAAGUAGUGCCUCGCUUAGGUAGUGCCUCGCUUAGGUAGUGCCUCGCUUAUGUGCUUCGGUUAUGUUGUAGUUCUGCGCUGCUGCCUCGCUUAUGUGCUUCGCUUAUGUAGUUCUGCGCUGCUUAAGUAGGCUUGGCUUCGCUGAGGUAGUGCGUCGCUUAAGUAGUGCCUCGCUUAAGUAGUGCCUCGCUUAAGUAGUGCUUUGCCUAAGUAGUGCUUCUCGCUUAAGUGCCUCGCUUAAGUGCCUCGCUUAAGUGCUUCGCUUAAGUGCUUCGCUUAAGUGCUUCGCGCGUAAGUGCUUCGCUUUUAAGUGCUUCGCUUUUAAGUGCUUCGCUUUUAAGUGCUUCGCCUAAGUGGAGUCUCCCUUCAGUAGUGCCGCGCUUAAGUAGUGCGGCAGCGGCUUUUAAGUAGUUCCCAAGUAGUGCAGCUUCAAGUAGUUCCUAAGUAGUGCGGCUUUAAGUAGUUCCUAAGUAGUGCGGCUUUAAGUAGUUCCUAAGUGGUGCGGCUGUUAAGUAGUUCCUUAUGCGUUUCGCUUAUGCGUUUCGCUUAUGCGUUUCGCAGAAGCAAAUGCUUCGCCUGACUGCUAGCUUGGCUAUGUCAAACAAAAAACUAAAACUACAGACUCCAACAACAUGGAUACCGUUGAGGCAGUUUGCUGCUCUGCCGUGCGAACAGCCAUCGACAUGUAUCAACUGCAAAAGUGUCUGGGUCUGGAAAGAUUCGAAUUUGUGAUGCCAAGUCUACAUCAUGAUAAAAUCUGUCAUGCAUGGCUAGCAAAAAGCCUCAUUUUUUGUUUCGGAGAGAGAGGAUUUGUCAUGCGGAUUAGGCAUUGGGAUAAGUGCUCAAAAUCUGUGAUGCUAGAGCUCGCAUGCCAGACGAUCUGGGUCAGGCAAAAACUGCAUGACAGAUCUCGCAUUCUUCCAGACCCAGACAUUUUUGCAAUCCAUAACAUGAACUCACCGCUGAUUUUGGCGCUUACCGAGACUGGGCAGACCGCACGGAUGGUUGCGAAGUACCGACCCCCGCAGGUAAAGAGGAUAUGGAUUUGCAUCAUUACUUCAUGUUAAGUUACAGUUUGCGUUGCAGCGCACGUAAAGUCACGCAGGCUGGUCAUCAAGGAAGAUCUGCAAAUGUCCAACAUUCUGAAUCAAACAGCCCAUCAUCGCUGUCACCGCUUCGGAAACCACCGCGAGGCAGCUGCAGUGCGUGCGCGGCGUGAUCGUCAUGUUGACGGCCUCUUUCCAGGGGACAGAGUCGGUUUUGCGCAAGGCCUUGGACAAGGCAAAGGAGCUGGACAUCGUGAAUAAGGGCGACAGCAUCGUCGCUGUGCACGGGCAGAAGGAAGAGUGUGCGGGCCAGAGCAACUUGAUGAAGGUCUUGCCAGUGCCGUAAAUAGUUACUAACGCAGCAAAUAGUAUUGUGCUGUGUGAAGGUCGUUGGCGGCGGGAGAAAGAAGAAAACCAUCAAACUGUUCCUCUUAUAUCCGAGGGUCUCUUGCCGUAGAUACAUGCCGUAAACUGUGCAUUUGCAAGAGCCUUCACCAGGGAGUCACUGACCAGAGGAGUGCAGUAUGCGCUCCAGUUUCAAUCAUAGCUUUUCCAACUCUUGAAAGAGGAUAGUUUGCAACGCCAAAUUUUCCCGGUGCGAAGAGGACAUCGCAAGACAACGGCUAGAGAUGAUUUUCCCCCGUCAAUUAUCGCAAUGUCAAAGAACAAAUCGUCAGAACCCAAAAAGAUCUUAUCGUGUAAACAUCGCAACAAGGUGGUUAGAAUUGGUUUAUCGUCAUGACGUGUAUGGAGCAUAAAAAUGUCUUUUCAAUCGUAGAAGCACAAGAAGCGCUACCCCAUGAGUACUUGAACCUUCAUAUACCCGGAGUGCUCACGACCCGAGCACAGACCUCCAAAUGUACUGUAUCGCAGUGAAUAACCAAAAGGAGUAGAGAACAAGUAGAAAAGAAAACAGCACGACGCAGCAGGAAAAGCGACAUCUAUACAAGCGCAAUCUGGUCCAACUAGCAGCCGUGUUCGUCUUGCUGCCGAUU